UCAGCAGGGUAGAAGGCAGCAAGAGCCAUUUUGAUCAUGCAUCUUCCUGUUUUCCCCUCACGCAUGGAGAGCGACUGUUAACUUCAGCUUACCUUUCAUCCGUAGUCUUGUUUAUGUGUUUCUGGUGGAGGAACAAUGGUGACACUGAAUCAUUUGAGCGUGGAAGAUCCAGACGAUGAAGGUCCACUGCUGCCUGUGGUUGCAGAGACAGCAACGUCAACGCCGGUCAGUCACAGACAGCGAGUCGUGGUAAAGACAGAGUCCARGGAUUUUUUCCUCAGCAGGAAGGAGAAUCUUUCCAUYAGUCUGAUCCUGUUAAUCGGAUGUUACUUGGCUAUUUUGAUUCCUGCACAUUUCCCCCURAAGAAGKCAGAGUCUGUCAGCUUUGACUUCCAACAUCCAAAGGAUCCGGACUUAUUAAAUCGAUCAGCCUCCCUGUUAGCCCACCGCUGUCAGCCUCAUUUGUCUCUGAGCCGCCUGAAGCCUCUGUCCUGUUCUGAGGGCCUCUUGGACAUCCCGGUCUUCGUGCAGGAGGACAGUCCUGCGGCGUGGAACCUGACUCCUCCGCUGGGGCUCCAGGGGAGUGAAGAACAUCUGGCCGUGGCUCUCGCCUCRAUGCCCCAACCUGGGCUGCCUCCAUCGCUGGCGAAAGCAGGCAGGUGCAGGAGAUGUGUGGUGGUGGGAAAUGGAGGUAUUCUUCAUGGGAGCCACCUUGGAUCUCAUAUAGAUCAGUAUGAUGUCAUAAUUAGGCUGAAUAUGGCUGCAGUGCAUGGAUUUGAAAGAGAUGCUGGUUCGCUCACAACCAUCCGCCUGAUGUAUCCAGAGGGAGCCCCUCACUCUGCCAAUGAGUACAAAAAGACCACWAUGGUGGCCUUGGUGGUCUUUAAAGGCCUUGACUUGGACUGGCUGACUUCUGUCAUCACCAAACAGCCUCUGAGCUUCUGGUCUAAAAUGUGGUUCUGGAGGGAGGUGGUGGAUGACAUCCCCCUGAAACCGGAAAGCUUCAGGAUCCUCCACCCAGAAAUUAUUCACAAAACAGAGCAAGCCUUGCAGAAAUAUGCUCUGAAGCAAAAGAAUAUGGUGCCAACAUUGGGAGCCAGUGCUGUAGUGAUGGCUUUGCAGCUGUGUGACCAGGUGAGCCUGGCAGGCUUUGGUUACGACAUGCACCACCCAGAGGCGAGGCUUCACUACUACGAGACCAUACGCAUGGACUCCAUGAAGGCUCAAGUGGUGCAUGACAUCAGUGCUGAAAAACUCUUCUUGAGGGACCUGGUGUCUUCGGGAGCCGUGACCGACCUCACAGGAGCCCUUUGAGCUGAAGAGUGACGAUGCAAUGAACUUUCUAUGCACUCCCUGCUUCUUGCUGUGAGCUUCUUCUGCACAGAACCCUCCCCAGUGUGGGUCUGACCUUUAAUACGCUUACAGCCUCCAGGCUUAACWGACUGUAAAUGUUAAAGGACUGUAAAGACUCACUUGGAUUUCUAAUUCUAACUCAAUGAACUUGAUGUAUCAGCUAAUGUAAGUACAGUAAUAAAGCCUAAGUUUAGAGGUUGUGAGGAUCGGUUAGGACUCAGGGUGCAACUCUCAGCUACAGUAACACCUAAAUUCAGCUCAAUAACAUCUGAAAUUUUAUUUUUUUGCAUGCUGAUGUCGGUUAGCUUUGGUGACCACCUUGAAUCAUGACAAGAAGUUAAUCACUUACAUGUAAUUAUUACUUUCUGAAAGGUGAACUAAAAUAUUUUGCUAACAGAUACACAGGGUUAACUCUUACAUUUUAUUGUUUGCAAACACCCAGUUUUAGCUCAGUAUUUGUAAAAACAGCCAUUUUUGUGUUUGCUGAGAUCAGCUCGAUGUCAUUUCAAAUAAACUUUCCUGAAAACUUUAA